UGGAAAGCUUGCGGUACGAGGUAUAGAUCAUGAAGACAUUUGUGCUACUCUCCAUCUUCGCAGCUGUGGCAGCUGCUCGAGAGUUCAACUACACUGAAGACGUUUCAACUACUCCUAGACCAAUUUAUGAGACCACCGUCCCAUCUAUCCCACACGGCGAGACCAACGAAACAAUUUCCACCGAAGCACCAGAAUGCCGCCCGCUUUGCACCGACUGGAUCCUGCCUCAUCCCAGGGACUGCACCAAGUUCUUCCUUUGUUCUAACCUCGUCCCGUACGAAAUGAACUGCCCUGCCAAACUGCACUACUCAGAGGGACGUAGGAGGUGUGACUACCCUGCCGAGGCGGGGUGCACUGCACACCCCACAGCAUCUUGUGACAACUCCGACUCUCCACCCGCUUGAUGACCGAUCAUCGUUACCGGUCAAAACUUUUCAUACACGCAGAAUUGGUCUUUAAAGAACAUUGUUUCAUUUGAGCUGUCAUUAUGUUCUAUACUUGUUAUUUUCAAAACUAAAGUCAUUGAUCUUUACUCUUUUUCAUCGCUUUGGUAGUUCUUUUCUAACUUGAGCUCUCGUAACUGCUUUCGAUAAGGAUCUAGCUACUGUAACCGGUGCCGUUCACUUUUCUAUAGCUCCGUACACAUUAAACAUGCAGACACAUGUAAUGAAAAAUUUUCCCACA